AUGGGUAAGGGUGACAUUGAGGCUGGGUUAUCCCAAGUGCAGGGUAACAAUAACAAUAGCAACAGCCUCUAUCCAUCGAUGAUAGAGUCACCUGAGUUACGGUGGGGAUUCAUCCGCAAGGUUUACGUGAUUGUUUCUAUUCAGCUGCUUUUCACUGCUGGUUUCGCCGCCUUCUUCAUCUUCUUUCCACCUGCAAAGGAUUUCGCUCGCUACAAUGAUUAUCGCUUAUUUGUCUUCUUCGGAGCCGUAAUUUUAACAUUCAUACUUUUGUUUGUGUUGAGCAAAUAUUACAAUAAACACCCGGUGAAUCUCUUUCUUCUUGGCCUCUAUACUCUCGGCAUGUCUGUUACAGUUGGAUUCGCUUGUGCUUUUGCCAACGCAAUGGUGGUGGCAGAGGCUGCAUUUCUGACGGGUGUGGUGGUUGCUAGCCUGACACUCUACACAUUUUGGGCUGUUAAAAGAGGCAGUGAUUUCAGUUUCCUAGGGCCGUUCCUUUUUGCUUCCCUUAUGGUGAUGUUAAUGUUCGGACUCAUUCAAUUAUUUUUCCCUCUUGGACCAACGGGGCGAAUGAUUUAUGCUGGCCUGGGUGCACUAAUUAUGUGUGGUUUCAUCGUAUAUGACACUUCUAACCUCAUCAAAAAUUACAGCUACGAUGAUUACAUCUGGGCUGCUAUCUCCAUCUAUGGUGAUAUUAUCAACCUCUUCGUCUACCUCCUUACACUUCUUAAUGACCUUUAA